GACUCCUUGAAUGAAAUGCUACGAAAUUAACAUAUUGUUUUUCCUUUGGUGUAUCUACCCCGUUUUUAAGAAUAGUUUGGCCGUCACUGCUUGCAACUAAUACAACAAUGGAGAAAUUACUUGGGUACACAAACUCGCGCGCAUCGUCCAAAGAGAAGUACAAAGCAUCACAACAUCGAAGAUGAGUAACGGCAUAACAACGACAACAAUCACACUGCCGCUGGAACAAUUCUGAUGACAGUCGAACACAAAGGAGCCUGAUUGACGCACCUAAACGAAACGCCAGCGAGUGAUAAAAUCACAAAAAGGAAUUUUUUUUCCCCAGAGAGAAAGGAGGAAAACAGCUUCAUUGAAAUCGGUAAAUCGGAAAUAAAAUGAAUGCAAAUAAUAACAUAAAACAAGUCAAAAUAGAUGAUUUUUUUCUUUAUUUUUUUAAAUAAAAUUUAAAUCGCACUAAAAUAAAGAUCGCGGUACGAAGAAUUUCAAGUGAAAAGUGAAGAAACAGAAGAACCAAGCAAUCAACCCGGAAACGGAUAAUUCAAAUCUAACCAAGGCAUUCAGUAGAUAAAAAUAUUGUGCACGUUAGACAAAUAAAGAAAAGAAAAACAAAAAAAAAAAACGAAAAGAAAAUCAAUUGAAAAAUAUUUCUAAAGAGUGCAAAACCAAUAAAGAGAUGAAAUAAAAAAGAAAAUAAGAAUAAAUAUAUAAAGAAGAAAAUUGUUGCUUACCAGUGAGACACAAAGUCAAUAAAAAGAGAAAACAUUAGAAAUAUAUGAAAAGUAAAAAAAAUUGAAGAUCUACGACGUUAAAGACAACAGCAGCAGCAACAGCAGCAGCAGGGACGCACGUAAGAACAAGCCUGCGUCCACAAGUACAUAUAUACCAUGAUAAAUAAAAUAAGUGUUGUGUUAUUAUUGUGAGCUAUAAAAAGGAUAGCACAAUAAGCUCACACAUACAUACCGAAAUAACAAACAAACAAACAAACGUGUAAACAUAAAGAAAAACCAUUAACUAAAAGUAAAUUACAAACAAACUUUCAAACAUUAAUAUUUACAUAAAAGUGUAACAACCAUAUAAGCGUGUAUUCACACGUGCAUACAUCUAUAGACGUUCUAAUAGAAAAAUACGACGAGUGAAUGCAAAGUACAGAUAACAGCACCUCACAUAUAUGCACAAAAAGAUCUCUUAUGAAAGAAAACUAAUUUAAAUUACCCAGUGAUAGAGAAGAAAAAAAAUACUAGUAGAAGAAUCGAGUGAGAACCAAAGAAAAUAAGUUAGAUUUUUUGUACGGUGCAUACGCACGCACAUAAGCUUAAAUUAUAUAUCGCAACGAUAGCGACAGCAACCCACUCAUUCUUUUGGGAAAUAAAUAGUAAACAGCAAGCACAACAACAACAGAAAUAAAAAAGACAAACCACAACCGCAGCUGAAAACGAUUUAGGAUAGGAAAAUAGAAAGAGAUAACUUAGUAAAUACAUUGAAGGAAAUCUUCCAAAGACAAUUUUCUUAAAUAAUACAGUAAAAAUCCCAGUCUAUAUAAAAUAAAAGAGGAACAGAGAAAAUUGUUAAAUCAAUUGUAUAAUAUUUGCCAUCAACACUUUAAGCGAACAAAAUGCACUUAAAAAUUCUAGAAAAACGAAAAAACAGCACCACAUCAGUCAAAAUGAAGAAGACAAGAAACAAAUUAAAUCUUAUAGCUUCUGCUAUAGCAACAAGAAUCAUAGAUCACAAUUGGGCACAACAGCAAUCGACGCAAACGAAAUGCAAAAAUCUUUCAUCAUCAACCCUAGUAUCAGGAAUCUUAAUAGAGAGCAUAACAGAAUACUAUCGUUCUCGAAGCACUUAAAGUUUAUAUUAAUUAACUUUUCAACUUUUAAUCACUCUACUACUAUAAUAAUAAUAAUAAUUAUAAAAAAUUUUAAAAGAUUCACUUCUAAUAAGAAGGGCUUAAUCAGAUUAGAAAGGCUUAAAACGAAAGUAAAAAACAAAGUCAAAAGCCGUCAGAAGUGCAUAAGCAUUCAAAGUGGCGAAGAUACAAGUCCACAAUCAACAUUGCUUGAUAGAAAUAUAGUUAAAUUCACAGAAUUAUUGAAGCUACAAGCACAAGGAAUUUGCAUUAUAAGACUGAUAACAUUAAAAAGAUUACAACAACAAAUUCCUGAACAUAAGCAUCACCAAAAACAACAUCACUUUGCGUCAACAGCAUCCACACAAGAAUUUAAUGAAAGUCUGCCAUUGCAACAGUACCAACCAUGGCAACGAUGGUGGCGUCGUCGUAAUCAUCUUGAGAGUAACGAUAGAAUAUUGCCAAACAACCAGAGACAACAGAAAAUAAAUUACUGCAAGAUAAGCAUAACAAAUUCCUUUAAACAGCGACAGCAAUGCAAACAUAGCCUUACUCAUUAUCCAGCAAUAGGUAAUCAGAAGCCGACAAUUCUUGCGAAAUGGCAGAUGCUGAAGUGGCAUAAUUUCCUUUGUAGAUGGCAUUGGCAGCUAUAUGUACUUCCGUCACGACGGUCAAGACAAAAUUUCGCAUACAACAGUGAAAACCAUACAUUGCGCUUGGUUAAUGCUCGCAACUAUAAAAGCGGUCACAGCAAAUCAUCUUUAUAUCCGUUAAAAGCAACACUUGAAAAAACCCGCACCUCUCCCACAAAUCUCACAACCGUUGUAGUCGUUCAAACCGUAUCCGUGGAACAGACAGAAUUUAAGUCUCAGUCUAGAAAACAGUUUCAGUCGCACUCGUUUAAUACUCAACCAGAGAAAAGUAAAUAUCAUAAUAUUAACAACGAUACGUUACAGGAUAAGGAGGACCGCCACCAAGCAUUAUCACUGUUGUCGUCAUCGUCGCCGUCGUCAUUGUCGUCACCCGCGACAACAGCAGUCUCAUUAUUAUCCUUGGCAUAUUAUUGUUGUAGCGCUCUCUGGCAGCGGCUACGACAUUCAUUGCCUUCGCUAUCAUCAUUGCCACGCACUUUCAUACUGUUGAUGUUGCUGUCGUCGCUGUGGCAUGGCAUCGAAUGUUUUCAUGGCACCGUAAAAUUAAGCACAAAUACGGUAAAAACCAAAUAUGGUUUGGUGCGUGGUAUCGUCGUACGUUCGUCUCCAUUAGUUGAGGCUUACCUUGGAGUGCCCUAUGCAUCACCGCCCGUCGGAAGUUUAAGGUUUAUGCCGCCCAUAACCCCAUCCACAUGGAAAACUGUUCGCAAUGCAGAUCGCUUUUCCGCUGUUUGUCCCCAAACCGUUCCCAUACCACCAAAUGGACCAGAGGCUCUACUAGAAGUGCCGAGAGCACGCUUAGCACAAUUACGGCGUUUACUACCACUGCUUAGUAAUCAAUCAGAAGAUUGCUUAUAUCUAAAUAUUUAUGUACCAUACGAAAAUCGGAGACGCCGACGUUUCACUGUCAGCAACUCUGAAGCGGAUGAUUCACAAAAACUAGCGACGAUUUUAUUUAUACAUGGUGAAUCUUACGAAUGGAAUUCUGGUAAUCCAUAUGAUGGCUCUGAGUUAGCAGCUCAUGGUAAUGUGGUAGUGGUUACCAUAAAUUUUCGUUUGGGAAUUUUCGGUUUUCUCAAAACCGGUGGAAAAGAAAGUGCUCAAGGCAACUUCGGUCUAAUGGAUUUAGUAGCCGGUCUUCAUUGGCUGAAAGAGAAUUUGCCUGCUUUUGGCGGAGAUCCUCAGAGCAUUACUUUAUUGGGUCAUGGGACAGGUGCUGCUUUGGCUAAUAUAUUGGUUGUGUCUCCGGUUGCGAGUGAUCUCGUUCAACGUUCUGUUUUAGUUAGUGGUUCUGCUUUAUCGACCUGGGCAAUACAGAAGAAUCCUUUGUUUGUUAAACGCCGAGUAGCCGAGCAAACUGGCUGCCAUGGUGAUAUGUUAUAUGAUGACUUAGCGCCUUGUUUACGGACAAAAUCGGUAGCGCAACUCUUAUCAGUUAAAAUUGAUUAUCCCAGAUUUUUAGUUGGUUUCGCACCCUUCGUCGAUGGUACGGUCAUAUCACCCAGUACCGAUUCAAUUGACAAACUAAUACUGCCAUUAGGUUCAGCUAUAGUUAGUACAUCGGGAAUUGAAUAUGCAAACUUUCCAAAACGUAACCUCAUCUUUUGUCUUACAUCGGUUGAAUCACAUUUGGAUUUGAAUGCUCAAGAUUUGGAAUUCGGCUUCAAUGAAACGCGGCGUGAUCGUAUAUUACGAACCUUUGUACGUAACAAUUUUCACUACCACUUAAAUGAAAUAUUUGCUGUACUCAAGAACGAAUACACAGAUUGGGAAAAAGCAAUUCGUAGCCCAUUAAGUUCACGUGAUGCUACUUUAGCAUUUCUUAGUGACGGCCAUACGGCAUCCUCUUUGAUUAAAUUGGGUUAUAUGCAUAAUUUAAGAGGAGGGAAAAGUUACUUCCUGCACUUUAAACAUCGAACUGUAGAAGAAGAAUACCCACAACGAACUGGUUCGGUACGUGGUGAAGAUAUACCAUUUUGGUUAGGACUCCCAAUAUCACCGUUAUUCCCACAUAACUACACUACUCAGGAAAAACAAAUUAGCCAUCUAAUGUUGCGUUAUCUAGCGAAUUUCGCCAGAACUGGCAAUCCAAAUCAAUCCUCUUUGAACGCACCUUUGCCUACAUCCCCUUCUGCCUGGAUUGCUUUGGCCAUUCCACCUACACCCCCGGUUGAUUUUGAAAAUCAUCAAAAAAUUAAACGAUCAUCGACUCAAAAAACUACAUCGAAUAUUAACAAUAUCAUGAAUAAAAUUCAAAAUAUAACCUCUUUGAAUGUAAUAAUAAAAAGUAGUAUCAGCGGUGAUACUGCUGCCGCCGCCGCUAAGGAGGCUCUUAAUUUGGCUGUGCUCUAUAAUCAACGUCGUACAAAACGCACCUAUUACCAGCGUCAUUCACGUAGCAAUAACAACGAUUCACAAGAUGAAGAGAUUAGCAGUGACACAAGAUACUCCAUCCUAACGAAUGCCAAAGGAAAUGAUUAUGAACGUGGGAUACCAUUUUGGGAUGCCUACGACGUCAUUAAUCAAUUGUACAUGGAACUAGGUAGUAAAGCGGAAAUACAAAGCCAUUACAGAGGACAUAAACUAUCGAUGUGGCUAAAUUUAAUACCCCAACUACAUCGUCAUACCAAUAUCAACGAUCUGUCCAUGAGACAUCAUCAAUUUCAGGACGAUAUAAAUAAUUUGAAUCUGUACGAAGGUAUAGUGAGGCCACAACUGCAAGUAAAGCCGGCAGAUGACGACGCUGACACGUUGUUAAUAUCUACGAUGAAGCCAACAUUAUCGCCUAAAAUUGCUAAAGAAAUAAAUAACACACAAAAAACUCUAACAGGCUCAACAGAAUGUGGUAUAGAUGGAGCUUUGUUUGUAGCCGAAUUGACUACCCAAUUACCGAAUUACAAUCGUUCAUCAGUAGUAGAAACGAAAGAGAAAGAUUUAGCUACUGCCUCCACUGGACUCAUUGGUAAUUUGGAAGUGUUACGACGUUUAAGCAGUAAACAAUUUCAAAGCUAUACUACCGCGUUAAUAGCAACAGUUGCUGUUGGUUGUUUUCUACUAGUUCUCAAUAUUUUAAUAUUUGCCGGCAUUUAUCAUCAACGUGAAAAGCGAGCCAGAGAUGCUAAAACUAAAGAAGAACUCCAAGAUAAGGACACGAGCAAAAAUUCAAGUAUGUUGAAAUUAAACACUAUCGGCAGUGAGAGUAGUUCCUUUAACGGUAGUGUUGCUGGUUUAAGCGGUAAAACUUCUAUUGUCUUCGGUGAAUAUAGUUGUUACGAUGAGAAAUCUUUACAAAAUAAGGAUGAAAAGCUCAUGGUAGAACUAUCGCCACCUCAAAUAGUGGAUGCUAAUGCGUCAUCUUGGGGUGCAUGUUCCUCCAGCACUUUGGAUUUGUUAAAAACUAAACAUUACUCGUCUAUAGAUACGGUCAAUGGAGGAGGUUUCAGCCUCACAAAUUUAGGUUCGAUGAGCGGCAGCUUGCAAAACGAUCAAAGUCUAUUUGGUAUUAAUAGUGGCAUGGAAAUGGUCACUUAUAAAACAUUGCCCCCUUUGGGUGGCUUAUUACUAGAUAACGCUGCAACGUCAACAUCAGCCGCUUUAAAAAGCAAGCAAAGUUUACAUGUAGACUCGACCGGCCAAAUAAAUCAAUACGAGUUUGCUUCAGUGCAAUCCUCAGAUCAAAUGUCUUUUAGAGAUAUAGAGAAUGCAGUUAAAGCAUCAACUUCCGGAACCGAUGUAACACAAGACGACGACAUUCCUGAACCCCCACCACCACCAAAAUCCUUUCAAAAUUCUACAGGUUCAACGGUUAGCUCGAUAGCCGGUGGCAUACUAAGACAGGCUGGCACUGCAUCAUCUAACGUCUCGGCGGGCGGUAAUAAAAAACGUGUACAUAUUCAAGAAAUUUCAGUUUAACAAAAGUGGGUUCGUUUUUCUUAUAAUUAAUCUUAUUAAAAAAAAAACUCGCAUUUUCUCACAUUUCUUUUUCUGGCCAUAAGGUAUAA